UAAAUAAGUACAGACUCACUAAUUGUAGUCCAGUUCAGUGUUCACGUUACGAGAACUGCGGAUUGGCGAGGUCACUACAUUUAACGCACUAUCUGAAGUGGAGCGAUUUUACCCCUGAAAAUAACUGGACUGGAUUGUUAAAAUUGAAGAGUUCAGCAUGCCUCGAUCUUUCCUCGUAAAAAAGUAUUUCACCAGCAAGAGGCCAAACUACAGCGAGUUGGAAUGUCAGAACGAUACUCUGCCAGACAGAUACCCACUAGCAGAACUUCCAGCAGUCACCAGCGACUUCCCAGUAACUUGCUUGACCACUGGACUGGUUUGGGAUGUCAGCUUGCUACCCUCCCUUCACGAUCCCACAUCCCCAUCCACCCUUUCCACUAGCCAGGGCCCGCUGGACCUCAGCUCCCCGUCCAGCGUCAGCUGCAGCAGCAGUGGGGAGGAAGAUGAGGGGCGCACCUCAGACCCACCGAGCCCAGAUUCCUCAGACACCUACCACCCCCAACAGACCAGCAGGCCGAGGCGCAACAGCAAGAACAGAGCAGGACAGAGAGAGGACAAGAGCGAGGCCACCGUCCCAGCCACUCGACCGGCCUUCUUCUGCAAGCACUGUCCCAAAGAAUACAACAGUCUUGGUGCCUUGAAGAUGCACAUCCGCUCACACACACUACCAUGCGUCUGUCCCACCUGUGGAAAGGCAUUCUCACGACCCUGGCUGUUAAGAGGACACAUUCGCACACAUACAGGUGAACGUCCGUUCUCCUGCCCACACUGUAACCGUGCCUUUGCAGACCGUUCUAACCUGCGCGCGCACCUGCAGACCCACGCAGAUGUGAAGAAAUACCAGUGCAGCACCUGUUCUCGCACCUUCAGCCGCAUGUCCUUGCUGCAGAAACACAGCGCAGCCAGCUGCUGUCCCUCUACGGCCUGAACACACCAUUUUAUAUUAAUUCGGACAUGGUGCCUUGUGAGAUAAUAAUGACCAUGCGCUUUUCCUCUCAACACCCGCACAUAGACGCAAUAUGUGACAGGAGAAGGAUGACGUGACAUUUCAGAGGACUUCUUAAACAUAACACGGUCGAUACAUUUCCAAAUGCCACAGACUUUUUUCCUAACCAGAUUACUUCAAAUGAAGGAGUUAUGAAUGUUUAAAAUAUAAUAGCUGUUCAGCUAGGACUCCUGAACAAGGGACAGCUGCUGUCAGGUUGGGGGUGGGCUCACAUGUAGGGUAUGUCUCUCAGCAUGACACACACAUACACACACAUGCAAACAUAAGCACACAGACAGACAGCUGUUCUGUGGUGCGGAGGCAGUGUGCUAACAGGUGCCACGGCCCUGACCGUCACAUCUCUGAUAACAGGUGGUGUCUACCGAGUUCUCUAGAAACACACUUGGAGAGAGUCGUAAUGGACCACAGUUGACUGUGUGUUUUUUUUUUUCAGUUGGUUUUAGUGUGUUGUAACCUGCAUGCGCAAGGUUCAUCACUUGUUUUUACCGAUGUUUGUUCUUUUUACCACAAGUUGUUUGUUUUUUUUACUCUCCUUUAUCCCUCUUCCUUUUGUUGUACAGGGACUGAGUUUUAAAGUGCACUCCAAUUUACCAAAGAGUAUUGAAGUCCUGUCGUUUUGUAUUAUUGACACGAAUGAUUGGACCAUUGAAACCAAAGCCAUGCUACUUUUUGUAAUACAUUUUUUUUUUUUCUUUGUACCUCAAUGUUUUUUCAAGUGAUGACAUGCAACACUUCUGUAUUUUUGUCUGAUGUGAAGAAAAGGACAUUUUCAAUAAACAGACUACAAUGUUUUUCAUAUUGUCCACUAUGCUCGUGGACAUACCGACUUCGAUAUCACAAUUUAUUGACACCACAAUUUGUGCAUGAAAUGUCUUAAAAUAGAAUUGAGUUCAGUGCAAUUUUUUUAGCAUACCUUUUUUCAUAUUUCAUGUCUUUUUGUAUUUGUCCAAAUCAUUUCCAAUAAAAUAAUUUAAGUUUAUACAAA